AUGUUUUCUGCGCCGCCGACGCCUUCUUCAACAAAUUCACCCUUACCAACACCGCUUUCAGUGCCUGUUGGCAACACCAAUUAUUUCUCAUCAUCGACAGCUUCUGAUAAUUCAUCGAUUUCGGAAAAUGGUGGAAAUGGUGGAAUUUUGGUGGGAUGUUCUGCUGAAAAUAAUCAUGGUGUUUCUAAUAAUAUUACUAAUUAUUAUUCGCCAAACUCAACUACUAAUCCAUAUCAAUUUCCAUUUUUGUUUUCAAGUGAUUGGUCUUUUCAGGUAUGAAAAUUCAGAGCGUGUAAAUAAUUUGAUAUUUGGAACCUUAAACUUUCGGGAUAGAUCAGAAAUAUUUUUCUCGUAGUCGAAUCAAUUUAAUUCUGUCCAAAGUUUUAUCACAAGUUUUCUUCCGCGAUCCUUUUGUUGGAAAAAUUAUUCAAAAUUCUUUUUGAGUCGCUCAAAAAUUUUAGCUUAAAAAUUGUUUAAUUAUCUCCAGUAAGGCUCAAAAUUAUGUUCAAGCUUAAAUCUACGCCAAUCUGUGAUCAGAAAUUGUAAUAUGAAGCUCUAGAAAAAAUCUCACGAAAAAUAGUUUUUUUUUAGUUGUAUGGCCAGCUUGAAAAUUGUACGUUUCAACCAAUAUUUGAAAGGGUUUUGCGAAGUCUCUAUUUGAUAGUUGUAGAAUGUUGUGAAAAUUAUGAAUUUUUUAUUUUUCAUAUAUAGAUUUUCUGUCUACAUUCGAAUUUAAGACAUUUAAGGUCUGAAAAUGCUUGACCCAAAUUUUCAUAAUUCAAACUUGUUUAACAAGGAUAUUUUGAGAAAUUUUUUUCGAUUUUCGAAACAUCAAUAUUUUGAAAUCCAAAAAUCUGACCUUUUUAAAUAUUGACAAAAGUUUUGUAAUUAUUUUCCAUCUGAAAUCAGAUUUCGAAAUAUUGCAGAUCAAAAUUUUCGAAAUUUUUUUCAACUAGGAUUUUUUCUGCAAAAAGAAUCACAAGUUUGAAAAUUUGCCAAUAUUUUUUAUAGUGAAGUUUUGAUGUUUAACGCAAAAUUUAAAAGUUUUUUUUGAGAAAUACUUUAAUAUGAUUUGUCUGGAAAACGAGACCUUAUUACAGACAGCCUUUUCAAUUUUGACUGAAAAUUUUUCGCACUUUUUUUUCUCACAUCUGUAGUUAAGCUAUAAUUAUCCUAAAUCAAUUUUCCUAAUAAUCAAAAUGACGCUUUUUUGAUUCCUAUGAUUUUUCAAUUUUUCUCGAUAACUGUUCGUCCUUUUUUGAAAAAUGAUAAGCUUUUGGAGAACUAUUUUCUGAUUUUUGUCUUCCAAAUAUUGAUAGUCAAAAUCACGUCAUUUACGUUUUCUGAUCGAAUAUUUGACAAAAGUUUGUUUAUUUGUUUUUCAAAAUAUUUUUUGGCAUAAUUGAUAAGCUGAAAAUAAUCGACACCCUUUAUAAAUCACUCUCGACCUUUUCUCACCUUUCCGGAAAAAAACCCAAGUUUUUAUUAUUUGUUUGCAAAUCAGAUAAUUCUUCAUCUCAAUUUGUCGGAAUCCUUUUGAUACAAAACAAUCUUCCCGAUAUUUACACACUUUCUUUUGUGGAUCAGGAUUACUGUAGUUUUCGUCGCAUUCUUUCGUACCUGAAUUGGACAUUUGAUAGUGAAACCUUUGGAAUGUUCAAAUCAAAUGAUAAAAAAGAGAGUACUGUAGAUGUUUUAUCAUUUGAGAGUAGCAUUUUUUUUCGAACAUUUAAUUUAGGUUGUUUUUAAAAAUUUCCAUUCUGCAAAUUUAGAAUUUAUUACGUUUCAAAAAAUUCGUUUACCUAUUUUUGAAACCUUCGAACCUUCCUUUACAUCAGAAAUUAGUUUUUCAUCAAUAAUUUUCAGAAUAAUAUUUUAAUUUGUUCUUGCUUUUCAACUUCAGAAUUAUCUAUAAAAACUUUGGAGUUCAUAUUUAAAUGUGUUUUUUCCCAAACUUCUGAAGUCAGAUUUGCAAAUUUGAAAAUGAAUAGAAACUCAUCAAGUUUGCAAAAAAAAAACUGAUUCAUUUUCUAUGAUAAUAGUUAAUUAUAGGUUUGAGAAUGAGCAAACUGAAUUGAGUUAUUUGAAAAUUUUUCCAUAGAACUUUGAGUCGGGUCCGAAUAGUAUCAAUUUUUAAUAAAGAAUCAUAAUUGGAUUUUUUAGAAAACAUUUUGGACCAAUUAAUUCAGAUUUAGAAUUGGAUCACCUUUGAACUUUUUUUAUGUACAUGCAAAAGUUUAUUUUUGAUGGUCCAAUAAAAAGUUACGGAAGGUCCGGUUGAAUUAAUCAGGACUUUGCCCGAAUUCUAUUCUUCCAACCUCACCAAAAAUAUGUUUUUUUCCAAACUCAUCCACAAAAAAUCGUAAUCUCAAGUACCAGCCAGCCAGGCAGGCAACCGCGCAUCCCUAAUCCGAAAUCAAACAAAAUACCCCUUCUCCCAUCCCAAAAAACUAUCAGUCUCUACAGUAUCCUCUGUCCUCUGUCCUUUUUAUUUCCUUGCUCCAUACACACACACACAAACGAUAUAAAGACAGCCAGCAAAAAAAAGUUAGUGGUGUGGGCGGAGCUUUCGAAUAUCAUUAGUCAUUCACAAUCAUUCGAAAUUUCGCCUGUGUCCCUAUUUUUCUCUGAACAAAAAGAGUGAAAAAUCAAUAUUGCUUUGGCAAUUUACUGAUAACUCAUCGAUAGUAUGACUCAUGAACUAGAUUGGCUUGUAGGUGAAGAGUUUUUUGAGGUAAUUAAAUUUACAAAAAAUUAUGGGGGCCUGAGCUGGAUAUUUUUCUUAAAGAAAAAAACCAAAAAUAAAUAUCUGACAUUUUUCAGUUCGCCACAUCGGACGGAAAUUCUCAAAUCGGCCAAGGAGCUCAUCAGCCACUCAAUCAAUUCUGUGAGCUUUAUUCAAAAAUUUUUGAAAAUAAUUUUUCUUUUUCAGCUCAUAUCCCUCUAGCGGCCGGCACAUUUUACAACCCGCAACAUCGAAAUAAUUCCGGACCGAUUCCGUUUUAUGGUGGUGGCGGAAACCAGCAUAUGGUACAAUAUUCGACAGGCGGUGCACAUUUGAAAAAAUCGUCGGCUGGUAGAAAACCCAAAGAUUUGGCGGUAAGAAAAUUCUUGAUCGCAGCUAAAAUUCAGCUGGGAAAUUUUGAGAAAAGUUUUUGGCUCGUGUGAUUUUUGAAAUUCACAAUUUUGAUAUCGAAAUGUUCUUUAGACGUCUAUAAUCUAACUUCAAAUUUUCUUAUGUCAAAAUUGGUUUUGUUUGGAAAAUUUUUAGAAGUCCGGAUAACUACAAUUCUAUUUAUUAAUUUUUUUUUCUGGAAGCUUUUGUGACUAUAAAUUUAUAUUUCUAUCGCGAGUUGAUUUCAAAAAAUAUUACUUUUCACCAAAGAGUCACCAUUUUCUAAACUCUCGAAAAACUUGCCUAACUCUAACUCACAUAUAGAUUCUGAAAAAUCUAUUUUUGUAAAAAAAAAUUAUUUAAAAAAAUGGGAGAAAAAACUCCGUGUGAAUUUUACGUUUCAAAAUUUAAAAAUUUGCGUAAAAUCGACAUGUCAACGAUGAUUUGUUGCUAACAAUUCAAUUUAAUUUAUUAAAAUAUUCAAAAAAUGGGGCUCUCUUUGAGAUAAAAUAAUUUUAGAGUUUGAAACUUUUUAAAUCUUAAAACUAAAAAUUUUUCUGUAUGACCAAUUUUCUAAAGUUCAAAUAAUCAUUUCCAAUUUAUGCUAGUUCAAAAACCUAAAAAUGGGUUUUAUUGCAAAAAUUUUUACGGCGCCGUUUUUCUAAGUUUCGAAAAAUCACCUCCAGUUUAACUCAAAAUCUAGUUUUUUCUGAUCUACGAAAUUUUGCAUAACUUGACGUAAAUCACCCUUUCCACCCACUCAAAAAAAAAACCAACCUCAAUUUAUUUAAUCCACGUCUUCUUGAAAAUAAAAUCAUCUAGCAAAUGUGCACUUUUUUCAUCAUCACCAACCAAUGCAGCCAAAAGAAAAAAACUGGAAUGACGACCAGCAGAAAAAAUAUAUAGAAAUGAGUCAGAUUUGUCACCCAUACACACUCAGCCCCAAAAAAAAAAACACUUUAAACUGACUCAUUUCGAGAAUUCCCCCCUAUUGAAUCAUUUUUUUAUGAAUCAUUUUUUAAUGCCCUCCUCCCAUUGCUUUAUUGAUUGGCUAUGAAUCAUUUUUAUUUUCAAUUCGUGAGUCACCAAGAUAUUUCAAGAUUCUCAAAUAUAAAACAAAAUAGGAUAUUUUGAGUUAGGUUCCCUUCUACAAUACAUACAGUACAGUACACCUACAUUUUUUUGCGCAGUCCAAAAAGCCCAUGAGUCACCCUAAAUGCAAAUAUAUUUCAAUAACAAUUUUGUGGUGUGGUGUGUCUUUUAUGUUUAUGUUACUUUAAAACACACAAUCAGGCAAAUAUGGACAAGGAAAAAAAGAAGGAAUAAAAUUGGUAUUCGCAAAAAUAUGAUACUUGGGGAAGGGGAAAAUGGAGGCUUGACAAUUUUUGAAUAAAAAAAUUGUGACAGGAUCUUUUUGAACCACGGGACUAAAAAUUAAGAUUUCAAAUUUAGAUGUAACAUUUUUGAAACGUACAAUUUCUUAAAGACUUUUUCCAUUUACUGAAAAAUAAAAUUUAAGAUUAAAAAAACCGUGGUUUCAUUUUUCUCAAAAUUUAGUUAGUUUUUAAAAAGGCUUUUUCAAAUGUAGUGUUUUUGAGAAUUAUAUUUCAUUUUCAAACAGUUUUAAAAAAUGGAUUAUUUUUAAAAAACUCAACAUCAAUAUUGGACACAGAUUUUGAAAAAAUUCUAAUUCAUUUUUUCCCCCAGAAAAUAGUUUCUGAUUCCUAAUCAAAAAUAAUCCUAAUUUUUAAAGCUCGAAAUGGAAGAUGAAGAUGAGGAAAGAAGACAAAAACGAAGACAAAGAAACAAAGAAGCGGCGGCGAGAUGUAGGCAACGAAGAAUUGAUCAAACUACUGAUCUUGUAAAUGUUAGUCAAAGAUAAUUUCGAUGGCUUAAAUUAAUUUUAAAUAUAUUUUCAGCAAGUGAAUCACCAUAGAAAUGAAAACGAAAGAAUGCAAAGACAAAUGGAGAAAAUGCGUCUUGAAAUUCAACAUUUGCAAACAUUCAUGCAAAGUCAUGAUUGUAAAAUGCCAAUGGGUGAAAGACAAAUGCCGAAUAUUGUAAUUCCUCGUCAACAAGUCUAUCAACCUCUUCAACUUUUACCAAUGCCACCUCGAACUGAUACAGCCUUAUCAAUGUUAUCACAACAUUCAUCUUCAACAUCAUCUUCGGAACAACAUUCACCAAUUGAGGAAGAUUAUAAACCAACACUUGAUCAAUUGAAAUCGUUGCCACCGAUUUCGAUGAUGCAACAAAGAGGAUCAAUGAUGCCACCACCAACAACUGUUUCAGCUUCUUCUCAAGUUGCAGCUCCAAUUGCAGUUCCAUCAGUUGUCACACCGCAGAUUGUUGUGGCUCCACCUCCACCUCCGCCGCCACAGCCAUCAACUUCAACAACUACAACUACUAACCCAGUUAAUGAUGAUGGAUUCCGCGAACCGGAGAUGAAGGUAGGUUAACUCGCUCUAGUAAAAACAUGAGAAAUGGUUUGAAUUUUAGUUUUUUUCAUUGGAACUUUUCUUUGAUCUAUUUUAUUAAUUAAAUGUUUGCAGAUUCCUCGACUUGAAGAUCGAACUCUAACAUCAGUUUCAACAACAUCUGAUGAUGUCGAAAGACCAUCAGCUCUUCCAACAUUGUCAAUCAAUAGAAAUGCAGCAAAUCCGCUGAGCACACCAAGUCGAUUGGGUCCGACACCAAACAGCGAAGGAAAUAGUGGAGCUUAUUGUUUUGGUAAGUUUGGAAUUUGCGAAAAUCUAAAGGAAGAGUGCUAGUAAAAUUAUUUGGAAUUUUUCUUCCGUCUAUAGAGGGAUUUAUAGCUACGUCGUAAAAAAUUUGAUGGUUUUUGAUAAAAAAUAUUUUUAGAGAAAAUGGGUUUAUGAGGAGAUAAAUUCAAAAAGACUAUUAUUGUUUUGGGGAGAAUUCUAAAAAGAGAGUUUGAUAAAAUCGAAUGUUUUCGAUUUUUAGAAACUAUUUUUAUAUGCUAACUUCAUUUUAAAAUAAAGCAUUUGAAAACUCUUCCCACACUAUGUAUUUCGCUUUUUCUUCAUAAAUUUCAAUUUUCCAGAACUCAACGAUUUUCUUUCUGGAAACACUGGUUUAACACCAAAUGGUCAACCAGGCUCAAUUUUUUCUACAAAUCAUUCUCCUUUGGAUCCAAAUCGUGGAGCCGAUCUUCGUCCUUUGUAA